GCGAGUUUCGCACGCAGCGGUACGAUAACAACAAUGCAUGUAUGUCCGCAUCCAGGUUGGGCAAGCGUCCUGCAGCGCUUUGCUGGAUAGCGGCGUAACUCGCAACUUCAUGAGCCAGUCUUUUAUGCAAAGAGUUGGCCGUGGCGCACAGGUUCGGAGGAAGGCAAACCCGAUGGCGAUCAAGUUGGCUGAUGGAAAGACGCAGCAACUACUCGACCGUUACAUCGAGGYCGUACCGGUCUACUUCGCACCUCAUGCAUGCGAACCGGUGACAUUCGAUAUUCUYGACACGGACUUCGACAUCAUUUUGGGAAUGCCUUGGCUUGCAAGUGCGGAUCACACGGUCAACUUCCAUCGGCGGACUCUUAGCAUUCGCGACGCCUUCGGCGCGAAAGUGGCGUGUACGAUUCCUCUACCGCACUCUUCGAUCCGGUGCCAAGUGGUAACAGCCAAAUCAUUCCGGGCGACUUGUGCUUACGAGCAGCCCGAGGAAAUCGGCAUAUAUUUCCUACGGAUCGUCGCGGUAGCCGACUCUUCACCCACGGACUUGUCUUCGGACCCCCGUGUGGUACGGUUGCUGGAUGAGUUCGCCGACAUCUUCGAGUCACCUACCGGUGUCGUGCCGGGUCGGCCGAUCUCUCACCAGAUCAUUCUUGAGGACGGUGCCGUGCCGCCGAAAGGUUGCAUCUAUCUGAUGAGCGAGGAGGAGCUUGAGGUACUCCGCGCACAACUCGAUGAUUUGUUGGUCCACGGAUGGAUCCGCCCGUUUAGCUCCCCAUAUGGAGCAGUAGUUCUCUUCGUCAAGAAGAAGAACAAGGAUCUACGAUUGUGUAUCGACUACCGCGAGCUCAACGCGCAAACCGUCAAGAAUGCGGGGCCUCUUCCUCGCAUCGACGAUCUUCUCGAGCGRCUGGGCGGUGUGAAGUAUUUUUCCAAGUUGGAUUUGAAAUCAGGAUAUCAUCAAAUCUCGAUCCAGCCGAACGAUCGCUACAAAACCGCAUUCAAGACGCGGUACGGGCAUUUUGAGUGGGUGGUCAUGCCUUUUGGCCUCACCAAUGCCCCGGCGACRUUCCRGGCGRCGAUGAUCAAUGAGUUCCGUGCAAUGCUGGACCGGUUCAUGCUGGUCUACUUAGACGAUAUUCUCAUCUACAGCCKGACAUUGGAGGAUCAUCUUGGACAUCUUYGACGAUUGUUGGAGACGCUCCGUCGUGCCAAGUACAAGGCCAACCGUGACAARUGCGAAUUUGUCCGGCAAGAGCUGGAAUACUUGGGCCAUUUUGUCACACCGGAGGGCAUCAGUCCGCUAUCGGACAAGAUUCAGGCCGUCCAAGAGGGGUCGGAGCCUCGGAACGUCACAGAUGUCCGCUCGUUCCUUGGUUUUACCGGCUACUAUCAGCGCUUCAUGAAAGGUUACUCCAAGAUCGCGGCCCACUUGAACAAGCUUCAGUGCGAGGAUCGACCGUUUGAUUUUGGAGAGGAGGCGCGAGGAUUAUUCUUCGCUCUCAAAGCCGCGCUAUUGUCUGCGGAGGUCUUGCGAAUCUAUGACGCGCUCGUGCCUACGCGUGUCACUACGGAUGCGGCAGGCUAUGGCAUUGGUGGAGUCCUCGAGCAACAAGACGGUGUGGACUGGCACCCGGUCGAGUACUUCAGCAAGAAAGUGCCCCUCGUGCAUUCCAUUGACGAUGCACGCAAAAAGGAGCUCCUCGCCUUCGUCCACACGCUCAAGCGGUGGCGGCACUUCCUCCUUGGUCAAAGCCAAUUUCGCUGGGUAACGGACAACAAUCCGUUGGUCUUUUACAAGACCCAAGACACCGUCAACAGCACCAUCGCUCGAUGGAUAACUUUCAUCGACCAGUUCGACUUCUUUCUCGAUCACAUUCUCAAGAAGUCAAACCAUUUUGCGGAUGCUCUUUCACAGCGUCCGGAUCACUGUACCGCGGUCUACUCAACCUUCGAGAUCGACGACGACCUGCGGAACAGCUUCAUCCGCAGCUACCAAGCCGACCCCGAUUUUCGCGACAAAUACGCAAAUUGCUCCUCUCCUAUUCCGGCUCCUUCUCACUACCGGAUCCAAGAGGGGUACUUGAUUUUCCACAUGCGGGGGAAGGACCUUCUUUGCGUACCGAGUGAUCCUCACUUGCGUACACGGCUUCUUGGCGAGUUCCACGACGCUCCCGCCACUGGACAUUUUGGAAUCAAUCGCACGAUUGGCCGACUUCGCCAGCGAUUUUGCUGGCCCGGCCUUCUCGGCGACGUCACACGCUAUUGCGAGUCAUGCGAGGUUUGCCGACGCUGCAAAUCCCGCAACCAUCGUCCGUACGGCAAGUUACGACCAUUGCCAGUCCUGUUGCGGCGAAGGGAAGCGAUUGCCAUGGACAUUACCGGCCCGUUCCCCAAGCACAAGACCGGAGUGGAUGGGAUUCUCACGGUGGUCGACCGACUCACCAAGUCCGCCAUGUUUUUGCCUUGUCGCUAUCAUGCCAAGGCACCGGAGUUGGCCGAGGCGUGGUUGGACAACUUGUUGUCCAAGUACGGAGUGGUAGCAGCGGACUUGCACACCAUGAUCAGCUGGGAUGAUCUGAAUGCGGCAUGGCACAAGCGGUUCCAGGUGGAGCGGGCAGAGAUCAAAGCCAUGGACAAGCUCAUGGUCUUCGAACAAAGCACGCUGCCGAGUACGGACUGGAUCGCUGAGUACCAACACUUGACGUCAGUACCAGACAUCCAGAUGGGCUUCAAGGUCAUCCGCCACUACUUCAUCUCAAGAUUCUCGGUUUAUUACGUACAUUGCAUAUCUGUGCAUGUAACACCAAUGUAGGAACCACUUUAUCUUCGACAUUUAUCAGGCGGUUUUGGACAUGGUGUUUUCAACAAAAUACUCCCCUUCGC